AUCCACUACUACCCGCGCAUGUACUGUUUAAGCGGAAACAAAACAGCUACAUUUGGGGCGCGAAAGUUCACUCUUGCGCUCUUUCCAACUUUCAAUGUCCAGCUUAGGGUUUCGUCCUCCUCAAUUCUCUGAGGACUUAGCUUGGCAACCUGCUUGGCUUCAGAAUCUUCAAGUAGAAUCAUCUGCUACUAACCACAUAAACGAACACCAAACUAUUAUUACCAGUCAAUUAGAAACUCUUUCAAGAGAAGAGGGUAGAUAUAACAGUUGCCAUUUGUUCUUGUCUGGAGAAGAUACUUCCCAAAAUAGUGUUCCUUCAACAGGGAAUGCACUUCAUCUUUGUUUACGUCUAUCUUCAUAUGAGGAAUCAACACAUAACCAAAGCCAGGAGUUAUGUGCAUCUCAAGCCCUACGUGGCUCUAGUAAAGUUCUGUUAGUGCCACAAGUUGAAACUUGUGGUGGUUCACAAGAGAAUGCAAAUCAAUCAAAGGUGGAUGGUGGGGUAAAAGUUUCACAAAUGACUUCCAUCCCAAAAGCUCUUGAGAAGGUUGAUCCACAGUCCCCAACCAAUAAUGAAGAACUUGGGAGGCAUCUUGAAGAAAAAGUUCAUCAUAGUGCUGGUGCAGUAAAAAUAAAUUCCAUCUCACCAACAAUGGUGAAUGCUGGUUUUUUAACUCACACUGACCAUGUGGACGGUGGACAACAUGAAGAUAAAUUCAAUGUUAGACACAUCAAAGAUGCUGAUACCAGUGAGGCGGUUGAACUUUCUAUUGCUGCCUCCGAAGCAUUGGUUAUACAUGAAUUGAUGAUGACCGGAUCAGCUUUAGAGUUUUUGCCAACAGAAACUAUUCUUGCAGCUACACUUCGGGUUAAGCUAGCACGGUUGGAGGCUUCAGAAGAUGGCAUCUGCUGUUCAUCUGAGGACAUGGUUGAGAUUGAAAAUCUUUCAGACUUGGAUGACUCGGUCAUGGAGAAUGCCUUUCUAGAUGUGGGAUUACCUCGCAGCAAUCUUGAUGAUCGGCAUGCUUGGAGUUCAGAUGUCUCUCGAGUGAAGGAUACUCCUGUAUUAGAAAAUGUGGCAAGCCUUGUUGAUCCGUUUUUAUAUCAGCCUGCUGAGAAAAUUUCACAUGUUUCAGCAUCGGAACGGCGUUUAGAUGAUGUGAGCUCAUCUCCUGCUUUAAUUUCAGAAAAUGCUGAAGAAGGUAGAGAAUAUUCUUUAGUUGCGGAUAGGUUCAGAAGCCGCUGGUUAGGUGGUUGGACAGUAAAGGAAGUUGAUGCAUCUGCAAAGUUGAAGCAGAACAAGACUAAACGCAUACCAAAUCUUUUUAAUGGUGAGACAAGCUCUCUCUCUGAAUCUGCAGACAUUGCUGCUGAUAAGAACUCUUUUGUGCGGAAACUUGAAAGUGGAUCCAAGAUAGCUUCAGUAUCCAGCACGCCACUUGAACUUGAUAAAGCUGAUGUGGGGAUUUUGGUUUCCCAAGAGGUUGGAUCUUCUAAUCAAUCCUUGGUGGAUCCUCUUUGUUCUGUUGUUCCUUGCAGUAUCUCUUCAGAGAAUGCAAGUUAUCCUUUAGCUUGGGAUCAAGAUGAUAGAGAAAUUGAUGCUGAAAACUGCUUCAGCAGCAAAUCGGGACAUAAGAUGGAGAAUUUCCAGAGGAUGUCAGAUCUUAAUGUUGAAGCUGUCCAUGUGGAUAGGGAACCUAUGCCCAGAACUACUGGCGAGUGUUUUGGGGCUCCAGUUCGAAGGCAGCUGGACUCUCUUAGGACUUACAGCACAUUGUUGCCAAAAACUGAUGCCAUUUUGAGACAUCAGAACCAACUGUUAUCAUCAGAACAUGUUGAACUACCUUUGUCGAAUCGUUUUGUGCAUUGUCAUAGAACUGAUGAUCAUAAGAGUUCGAAAUGGUUCUUGCCUCCCAGGAUUGAAUUUGAGGGUACUAAUGGUAGAGAUCAUGAGCAAAAUCAGGACACCCUCGUUCUAAGGUGUCCAGUUCCAGAUUGUGAUGAACCUGCAAAAGAUGGGGUUGAGCUGCAACCACAGCCUUCAGUAUCAAGGACGUCGCCUCUUAUUCUGAACCAAAGGACACGCUGCCGUCUGCAGCCUUCUGAAUUUCUUGAUAAAAAAUUAUCUGGAGAGAGAAGUCCUGAACAGAUUGUUGCACAAGGAAAUGUUUGGAAGGAUAUUCAGAGAAACAGUUGUGAAAAGAUAAAAUCUAAGUUGCAACAUCCCUCUAAUGCUCCAAAUAUGGUUAGAAAGCGAGUUUGUUUCUCAGAGGUUGAAGUUGAGCUUCAGCAGGGUGAGGAUGUUCAAAAGCCAAAAAAUUCACAUGCAAAUUGUUUUGCCAGCAGAGCUAAUAAAAGGUCAAAAUAUUCAAAGUCGUGGUCUGACACUUGGACACGGGAUGUAAAAAGUUGUUUGACAAGUCACAUAAAUGAUGUGAAAAUAUCGAUGUUUCAUGGUCUGGAGUUCUUGCUUACUGGAUUUUCUAGUCAAAAGGAAAGAGAAAUUGUCAGACUAAUACAAGAAUAUGGUGGCAUGGUUCUCUUGGAUGUCCCAUCUCCUCCUUCAAAUUCUCGAGCCAAGAGAAGGGCAAGAUCUAAUUUCCAGAAGCUCCCUAUUGUUGUAUGUUCAAAGAAGCUACAAACUACCAAGUUCUUGUAUGGCUGUGCAGUGAAUGCCCCCAUUCUAAAAGUAAAGUGGCUUGCUGAUUCAGUUGCAGCAGGUUCAGUUGUACCUCCUGAAAAAUACAUGGUUCUACCCAGUCAGGCUGGUCUGCAAUAUAAAAAAAUUGGGAAGUCAGAUUAUCUUGAUGAUAGUAAUCGCAUUUUUUACAGAGUAGGGAUCAUGCUUCAUGGGAAGCACAGUUUCUGCACCAAAUUGGCAAUUAUAAUAAAGCAUGGAGGAGGGCAGGUGUUCAGAACUCUUCAAAGAUUGUUUCAAAAUCUUGACACGGAAAAGGUAUCUGUGGGAGCUAUUGUUGCUGAGGAUGAGAGUAGAGCAUCGCGUCACUUGAGGCAGUGUGCCUUAGAGAGGAAAAUACCUGUGAUGCCAGCCAGCUGGAUAGCAAAGAGCUUGCACUUUGGUAAGCUUCUUCCUUUCAAAGAGGGGGACGAUACUCCAACAAUUAAGGUGGCAAAGUCUGCUACUUCCUUGGAUUGGAGUGAAGAGAUCUGAAGGUUGUUUUUCAAAGGCACAAAUGAGGUAAGGAAAUUGCAACCUCAUGGCUCAAAACAUCGUAUGUAUACCCAAAAGAUUUGGCAUGAUCUCCCAUGCCUUAACAAGGAAGAUUGGAUAAAGAAUAGUAGAUUUGAUCUUUUCACAUUUUAUUCUGGUUCAGGGAAAACAAAAUGGCAUUGUCUUAACACUAUAAACACACCAACAAAAAUGGCAUUGUCUGAACCACCAGUCUUGAGACCAGCCAAACCAGAUAGCUUUCUUCCAUGAAAGAUUUAGACGUUCCACCAUUGCAGGAGUAGGAAGAUCGACCAAAUCCCCCAUCUCGCCUCUUCUGAAUAGGGUCUUAUUUUCGAAGUUUAUGAUAGAUUUACCGGUCUUGUUUGCUUCCCUGUCCUACAAAUUGCUGAAACUACAUACGCUAGACAUUGCUUCUAUCACUCCGUCUCUUCUUCCAAAGAAAAUGGGAAACCCUAGAAUUCAGCUAAGUUUUUCACCUGAGAAUUUAUGUCCUCCUUCAAGUCCCCAUACUUAUGAAAUAACACCUAUUCAGGUUUCUCUAAGCUUUCCUUUCAGAAUCCGAAGACAUGCUCAAAAGGGGGACCAAAUACUAGAACCCCCUUACAGAACUUAUCAAAACAAUCAACCAGUGGAAGUGAUUCAAGACUCUCAGGUAUUGCUUUGGAAACAAAAUGCCAGUAAUAAACGAAAGUGUCAAAGGGAUUUCGACAUAAACUAUUCGGCAGUUUGAGUUUAUGGAUAUGGUAUGUGAGUGGCAAAUGUCCUAGGGGAUGUAAGUGUAACAGGUCAGGUAUGUGGUUAUUUGCAUAAAGCUUGUGCGCAGAAAUGACGAUUGAAGGAAUGCAAGGGGCUUUGUGAGAGUGUUUGUCGCUCGGUUGACAAUGGCAGAUGUCUGAGGGAAUUGAAAUUAGACUAUCAUGUGUUUGUGUGUUCCUGCUGUGCAUAUGAGCAAUUUAUUGAAGAGAAAUGCUAAGACUAACACGUGAUAGUCUAAUUUUAUUUCCUCUUAUUUAAUUAUUAAUUAUUUUAUUUUUAACUAAUAGAAUAAAGAGUGUUAAAUAAUCUUGAAAAAGUGAUCUAUACUAGUAUUUCUCUUUUCUACCUUA